AUGGUUAGAAGGCCCCUAUCUUUAUGUCACUCGUUUUCCCUCGACUUGAGGCUUGUCUCUUCAGCAAGUGAAGCAACCCUAAAGGUUAUCGUCAGACUACCAACAGCUAAUUGCAACAUCCAUUUGUUUCCACCACCGGCCAAUAUUGGUUCAAAGACUUUGCUGAAUAUGGAACGCUCCAACUCGAUCCCUACUUGGAACUCUUGCUGCGUCAACGCUCGCGGAACAGCAAGAACAUUUCCAUUUCCAUCAGCUUCACGAACUUCUACCAUGUUUACUAGUUCCGAGGAUCGUUUCAAUGAGGAAAGCAUUUCUUUGGAACUACAAUAG